AUGAGACUGCCAAUUCAUUUGAUAAAUUAAACAACUGAUGUUGAUUUUAAUAAAUAAUAAGUUUACAUAAUUAUUUAAAUGGGAUCUCAUUGUUGCAAAAUUGAUCACUUUAUUCGUCAAGGUUCUUUUAUAUCCUAUCUUCAGAUGAAUUAGAUUUAGACUUAGAUGAAAUAUCGAACUUUACCCCAUAACCACUCUCUAAAGCUUCUAUUUCUUAAAAGGGCACAAAAAAGAGUAAGGCUAAACAAUCUAUUAGGAAAAGAAAAUUCAAUAUCCCCUUGCUCUUUAGAGAGGAGUAAAACUCACAAAGAGAUUGCAAUUUAAUAGGAAGUUCUAAAUACAGAAAUAGAGCAUAGAAAUAAUCUUGAAGUUUUAUAAGUAAUGUAGUAAAUGUCAAAGACUAUAGUUGUUGAAAGUAAAUCCUUUUUGAAUUAUUAGCUACAUAAUAAAGUAGAAUGAAUAGUUUAAGUUAAAUUGGUACGUAGACUAGAAUCAAGCUUGGAUAAGAUAUUUUCAUUCAUUUAAAAGAAGGAUCAAUAAAUUCACAUUAUAGAUUCGACAAAGUUCUAGGUUAAGGAGGUUUUGGAAAGGUGUGGAAAGUCACCCAUAAAAUUACAAAUCUUGUUAGAGCAAUUAAAUAGAUAAAAAAGAGCUCAAUAUUAAAGGAAGAAAAAUAAAGAAUGUUUUCAGAGAUGAAUAUUUUAAAAAAUCUUGAUCAUCCUAACAUUUUAAAAUUAUUUGAACUUUAUCAAGAUACAAAUAAUUAUUUUUUAGUCACUGAGUAUCAACAGUUAUUAAAUUUAGAUAUUUAUCUGGAGGAGAACUCUUGGAAAGAAUAAAGAUAAUGACAUGCUUUACUGAAAAUGUUGCAGCUAAUUAUAUUAGAUAAAUAUUAUUAGCUACACUAUAUUGUCAUGAGAAAAACAUUGUUCAUCGAGAUCUAAAGCCAGAAAAUGUUAUUUUUGUCAAUUAAGAUCCGAAUUCAUAAUUAAAAGUAAUAGAUUUUGGUACAUCCAGAAAAUUUGACAAAAAUAAAUCAAUGAGUAAAGAUAUUGGAACUGUAAGAUUCAUCCUUAUAACUAGCCUUUUUAUGUUGCUCCAGAAGUAUUGAACCAUUAAUAUGAUGAAAAAUGUGAUUUAUGGUCCUGUGGAAUUAUACUCUAUGUGUUAUUAUGUGGAUAUCCCCCCUUUACUGGAAGGACUGUUCAUUAAGUAUUAGAGAGAGUUAAAUAAGGUGUCUUUAUUUUUGAAAGUAUUAUAUUUAUUAAAUUUAUAUUAUAAUAGGUCGUGAUUGGGAGGAUAUAUCUAAAGAAGCUAAGUCAUUUAUAUCAAAACUCUUAAGGGUUGAUCCUAAAAGGAGAUUAUCUGCGAGAGAAGCAUUGGAUGAUCCAUGGUUGGUAAAACACAAUCCUACAACAUAAUUAAAUUUAAGGGUGUUAGAAAACAUUAGAUAAUUUCAAGUAAAUAAUAAUAUUAACAGAUAAGGCAUAAACACUUCUUAGAUAAGCAUUAAUGUCAUAUAUGAUCACAUAGAUGUCAACAUAAAAAGAAAUUCAAGAGAUUCAAAAUGAAUUCACUAAGUUAGAUUUAAAUCAUGAUGGAAUACUUUCAAAAGAUGAGUUUAUGAAGGGUUAUUCUUAAUUGAAAUCAGAUACUAAAUUAGUUGAGGAUGAGGUAGAGAGAAUUAUCGAUUUGAUUGAUGUAAAUAGAUCAGGAAUGAUUGAUUUUUCAGAGUUCUGUAUGGCAGCUAUGAACCAAGAAAAAUUAUUUUCAGUUCAAAGAAUCGAGUAAGCAUUUAAGAUUUUUGAUUAAGUAAUUAAGAAUAAAUAAAUUCUUAGAAUGGUGAUGGAUUUAUUUCUAAAUAAGAUCUUGAAGCAAUCAUGGGUCAUUUAGAGGAUGAAGUUUGGGAAUAAAUACUUUUAGAGUGCAACGCAGAUUAGGAGGGUUAAAUUUCGUAUUAAGAAUUUAUUACAGUUUUAUAAUAAAAAACACUUUGA